CGCCGCGCACAAGCAGUGUGCAGUGUGCAAAGACAGCAACUCCGCCGACUACGUUGAACUCCGGAGCUCCGGAGAGCUCAGGAGAAAGGCAACCGUUGGGUGCAAGCCCGCACGCGCACUUCGUUGCUGCCACACGGCCGGGCAGCACGGGCAGGACGGCACGCGUCCGUCAAUUGUCCGCUGACCGCCAGUGAUCGACCGCACAACAGGAAUCAUGAGGGUCGCCUAUCGACGGCGACAUGCCGGUCCAGACGGCCAAAUCCCCGACUUCCUGCGGAGCGAGUUAAAGUCCGGUGCAUGGGAACGAACAGCUUGCGCAUUUCAUGCAGAACUUCCAAAACGAGGAGAGCGGUUUCUUUCGGGAGAUGAUCGCGCGAUGGACGAUAUGGAUGGAUAUGCAUCAGCAUCUCCCGUACAGCAUGGCGAGGCUAGCUUGCAGUUCGUUCUUUGAGGGCAAGUGGGCGGGAUCGGAGAAGGCGUUUGAACAUGCUGUUGGCCAGGAGUAUGCGCGGGCUUCUUUGCUGGCGCUUUGGCCUGAACUUUACGAGGGCGCGGAGUGGGUGGGGUGGGACGAGGAGCACGAAUAUCUCGAGAUUUUGAGGGAUGACCUCUCGGAGGCCGAGACAACGGAGGAGAAAGAUGAGUUGACGUUUGGCAUGUUUUCGAAGUUGAAUGCAAGUGCUGAGUUCAGGGGAGAAGUGGAGAGGUAUGCGCUGUCUGCACGCGAGAAGAAGGAGAUUGUAGUCGACGACGAUGCCGAAAACCAGGCACCGAGGGUCUCUGGCUUUGAUAUGAUUUGGUCCUUCCCCCUCCUGUACGAAUGGGCGUGCCAUGCCAUUUUGUUUGCCCCGAUCCACCAACAACUCGUCGAGAGUGAUUUCUCAACGUUCGACACGUGCACCCAGAAACAUGACUCUAGAGAGAUUGAUAUCGUCCGCCUUGGGCAGUUCCGCUCAAGCCAUUCUAGGAGAGUACAGCGAUUGUAUGCCACCAACAAAGAAAUUCGGCAGGCGGGAGACAAGGCAAUUGCUGUAGCGAGAGAGUUGAAAAAGAGUGCCGCCCACGCAAUCCCAAAUGAACGGCAGCUCCGAAAACGGACCCAUGACACGAAGCAGUUUUUGAGGGACCAGAGUGAGAAAUCAAAGCAUGGCAGCAACUGAGUUGUUAGGAGCGUGCUCGAGGAGGAGAUGUCGUCUGAAGAGUCUGAGUCUGAG